GUGUAGCCAUAUAUCAAUGAGCCUAACAAUAAAGGCCUACAAAUUAUGGAACUUGAAAAUCUUUUCAACUUGACCAUGGCUUCAGACAAAUCUGGGCUUCAGGUAACAAACUGAAGUUGCUAUUCAUGCUAUAGGUGAUAGAGCAAAUGACUUGAUACUGGAUAUUUACGAGUCAGUUGCCUCAAAAAAUGGAAACCGGGAUCGGAGGUUUAGGAUUGAGCAUGCUCAGCAUUUGGUACCUGGAGCAGCAGAACGGUUUGUUAAACAAAAGAUCAUUGCUUCAGUACAGGUUCUUUUGCAACAACCAUGUUUAGGCUUUUGAUUAAUUACAACCUGCUCAUGAAAUGUUAAUAUCUGUUUUGGAUUUUUCAACUUUGGUGAAGUUCCAAUUUGAACAAUUUUUGCAAAUAAAUUGCGUUUUGUAAAUGCCACUCAAACAUGGUGCCAACAGAAGUUAGUUUAAUUGCAUUAAAAUUGAAUCCAAUUGUCAACAGCCGGAUCACCUGCUAGAUGAUGCUGACUCUGCAAUCAAAAGCUUGGAUUUGAAAGGGCUCAAAAGGGAUCAUAUCUCUUUCAGUCACUUCUAUCCAGCAAUGCAGUAGUAGCACUUGGUUCUGAUUGGCCAGUUGUACCUAUCAAUCCUUUAAGUGCCAUCAGAACAGCAAUGAAAAGAAUACCCCCAGGCUGGGAAAAUCCAUGGAUUCCAUCCGAGCGUCUUUCUGUUAAUGAUGCAUUAAUCGCGCACACGAUUUCAGCUGCUAGAGCAUGCUUUCUCGACAAUAACUUAGGAUCCUUAACUCCAGGCAAACUUGCUGAUUUUGUCGUACUUUCCACCGACUCAUGGGAAGAUUUUGCCACAGAGGGGUCUGCAUCAGUAGAGGCAACUUAUCUUUCCGGUGUACAAGCUUACGGCCAAGUAAAAGCUUCCGAUUUCAAUGCAUAGAUUUUAUUUUUAGUAACUCACAUAGCAUAGGCGAAACUUAUACCCUUCGGACAUAAAACUUCAUGUAACAUAUGUAAAAGUUGAUGGCUUCCUUCUUUUUUCUUUUUUCUUUUUUCCUUUUUUUUUAAUAAAAAAUAAAUCUAUUU